AGUUCCCGUGAUGCCCCGCGCCGCUGCUCUCUGUCCGCAGCUCAGAGGUGUUUACUGUUUACUGCGGACCUGAAGGAGAACAGGCAGGACGGAGACACGCGGACAGCUUUCUGUCGGGGGUCAGAGGUCACGGCUCCAUGUGGUCUGACAGAAGAUGAGAGAUUAUGACUUUGGACGGAGCGAUCCGGAGUCUCCACCACCGUCGCCACUACCGCCGGGGUCAGAUGUCAACCUGCUGCAGCGCUGGCAGGGUGUGUUGGGUGUGUGUGACGACAGAUCAGCUGGUUGCCAUGGUGAAGAGCUGGAGGAGGGCGGAGCUAAAAACACGGACAGGUGUGGACACCCAGUGGACAGCGCAGGUCUUUUCUCCUUCAUGACGUUUCAUUGGCUGACUCCUCUCGUCGUACACGCCCGCAGGAAUGGACGGCUCCUGUUGGACGAUGUCUGGCCCGUGUCACGGCUGGAGGGUUGCCAUGCCAACAGCCUGAGGUUGGCGUCUCUGUGGGAGGACGAGCUGAGGUCAAAGGGCGGCGCGGCGUCUCUGUCCUCGGCAGUCUGGUCCUUCUGUCGGACUCGUCUCCUGCUGUCUAUCCUCUGCCUCAGCGUCACCCAGCUGGCAGGGUUCAGUGGGCCAGCGUUCGUGGUGAAGCGUCUCCUGGAGUACACCCAGCAGGAGGAGCCUGAUCUGGGCUCGGGGCUGCUGCUGGUCCUGGGUCUGCUGACCACGGAGCUGGUGCGGUCCUGGUCUCUGGCUCUGACCUGGGCCCUGAACUACAGGACGGGGUCCAGACUGAGAGGGGCCGUCCUCAGCCUGGCCUUCAGCAAGAUCCUGAAGCUCCGCAGCGUCCGGGACAAGACCGUGGGACAGCUGGUGAACAUGUGCUCCAGUGACGGUCAGAAGAUGUUUGAGGCUGCAGCAGUGGGCAGUCUGUUGGCAGGAGGCCCCCUGGUGGCCGUCCUCGGUGUUGCCUACAACCUGUUUAUCCUGGGACCAACGUCUCUGCUGGGAUCAGCUGUCUUCAUCCUGUUCUACCCUACCAUGAUGUUCAGCUCCAGGCUGACAGCGUUCUUCAGGAGGAGGGGCGUGGCCAUCACAGACCGACGGGUGCAGAAGAUGAACGAGAUCCUCAGCUACAUUAAGGUCAUCAAGAUGUUUGCAUGGGUCAAAGCGUUCGCCCGGGACGUCCGUGGGAUCCGUGACGAGGAGCGGAGGGUCUUGGAGCUGACUGGUUACUUCCAGAGCAUCACUGUGGGCGUGGCUCCCAUCGUGGUUGUCAUCGCCAGCGUGGCAACAUUCUCCGCCCACAUGUUGCUAGGAUACGACCUGACAGCAGCUCAGGCGUUCACCGUGGUCACCGUGUUUAACGCCAUGACCUUCGCUCUGAAGGUCACUCCAUUAUCUGUGAAGUCUCUCUCUGAAGCUGCUGUCGCUGCCGAGAGAUUCAAGAGUCUCUUCCUGCUGCCGGAGGUCGACAGCGUCCGUGCGUUGCCUGGCGAUCCUCGGGUUGCUGUGGAGAUGCGUGGAGCCAGUCUGGCGUGGGAGGGCGGUGGUCAGAGCGCUCAGCCCAGCCCGUGUGUCCAUACUGCCGCCAGACACCGACACAGGUGCAGAGACAGAGAGGAGCUGCAGGAGGAGGAGGAGGUGACUCACUCCCUGCUCACAGGAAGAGGAGGAGCCUCCCAUCCAGAGGAGGAGGCCUGUCCUCCCCUCCUGCCAGUCCCCCAGAGACUCCAGAGCACCCUGCACUGCAUCAACCUGCAGGUCCAGCAGGGUACGCUGCUCGGGGUGUGCGGGAGCAUCGGCAGUGGAAAAACCUCUCUGAUGUCUGCUGUCUUAGGACAGAUGACCCUGUUGGAGGGCAGAGUGGCAGUCAGAGGGCGGCUGGCCUAUGUGGCUCAGCAGGCCUGGAUCCUGAACGCCACGCUGCGAGACAACAUCCUGUUUGGACAGGAGUACCAGGAGGACAGGUACCAGGCCGUGCUGGGUGCGUGCUGUCUCAGACCAGACCUCUCUCUGCUGCCCAGCGCUGACCUCACAGAGGUCGGUGAGCGCGGUGCCAACCUGAGCGGCGGGCAGCGUCAGCGGAUCAGCUUAGCCCGCGCCCUGUACAGCGACCGUGACAUUUACAUCCUGGACGACCCGCUCAGUGCCCUCGAUGCACACGUGGCCAACCACGUCUUCCACAACGCCAUCAGGAGGCAGCUUCGCCACAAGACGGUCGUCUUCGUGACGCACCAGCUGCAGUACCUGGUGGACUGUGAUGAUGUCAUCCUGAUGAAGGAGGGGAGUAUCGUGGAGCAGGGUAACCAUGACAACCUGAUGAAACUGAACCAAGACUAUGCUGCCAUGUUUAACCACUUCCAGCUGGGAGACACGCCUUAUAUAGAGGCUCCCAGCAGGAAGUCCGGUGGCUCUCAGAGGAAACCAGCCGGCAGGAAACCAGGAUCAGUGAAGCAGACAGCGCCGGUCGCCAAAGAUAACAGGGCGGAGCAGCAGCAGUGUGGGGGCGUGGCCUGGUCCGUGUUCCAGCUCUACAUGGCGGCGUGCGGUGGCUCCACCUCCUGCCUGCUCAUCCUGAUUCUGUUCGUCCUCAAUGUGGGCAGCUCCGCCUUCUGCCACUGGUGGCUCAGCUACUGGAUCAACCAGGGCAGCGGGAACACCACAGUAAUCCUGGGGAACAGUUCAGCUGUGAGCGUCAGCAUGAAGGACAAUCCCAUGAUGCAACAUUACGCCGCCAUCUACGCCUCCUCCAUGGGAGUCAUGCUCCUCUUCAAACUCAUCAGAGGCAUUGUCUUUGUCAAGGGAACUCUGCGCGCCUCCUCGAAGCUGCACGACCAGCUCUUUCACAAGAUCCUCCGCUGCCCCAUGAAGUUCUUCGACUCGACACCCACUGCACAAAUCCUCAACCGUUUCUCCAAAGACAUGGACGAAGUCGACACUCGUCUGCCUUUCCAGGUGGAGAUGUUCAUCCAGAACGGACUCCUGGUCUUCUUAUGCCUUGGCGUCAUCAGCUGUGUGUUCCCGUGGUUCCUGGCGGCGGUGGGUCCACUGGUGUUGCUGUUUGCAUUGCUCCACGGCGUCUCCAGGGUCUUCAUCCGGGAGCUGAAGCGUCUGGACAACGUGACCAUGUCCCCCUUCAUGUCUCACAUCACCUCCAGCAUCCAGGGCCUGGCCACGCUGCAGGCCUACGACCGGGGCCCCGAUUUCCUCCGCAGGUACCAGGUUCUGGUGGACCAGAACCAGGCUCCUUUCUACCUGUUCAGCUGUGCGAUGCGCUGGCUGGCGGUGCGCCUGGACGUCAUCAGCGUGGCUCUGAUCAGCAUCACAUCCCUGAUGAUGGUCCUGAUGCACGGGCAGAUCCCACCUGCCUACGCCGGCCUUGCCAUCUCCUACGCCGUCCAGUUAACAGGGUUAUUCCAGUUCACUGUCCGCUUGGCCUCUGAGACCGAAGCUCGCUUCACCUCUGUCGAGAGAAUCCACCACUACAUCCAGUCCCUGUCCCAGGAGGCCCCGGCCCGGGUCAAAGGUCGGGCCCCUCCAGCUGACUGGCCCCAGCAGGGGGAGCUGGUGUUCAGGGACGUGGAGAUGAGGUACCAGGAGAACCUCCCGCUGGUCCUCAACAGGAUCUCCUGCACCAUCCGGCCCAAAGAGAAGAUCGGUAUCGUCGGCAGGACCGGAUCAGGGAAGUCGUCUCUGGGCGUGGUGUUGUUCCGGCUGGUGGAGCGGUGCGGAGGCUCCGUCCUGAUCGACGGCGUGGACAUCAGUGACAUCGGACUCGCUGACCUGCGCAGCAAACUGUCCAUCAUCCCUCAGGACCCGGUGCUGUUCAGUGGGACGGUCAGGUCCAAUCUGGACCCCUUUAACCAGUACAGCAACGACCAGAUCUGGGACGCCCUGGAGAGGAGUCACAUGAAGGACUGUGUGUCCCAGCUGUCCCUGAAGCUGGACUCUGAGGUGGUGGAGAAUGGGGAGAACUUCUCAGUGGGGGAGAGACAGCUGCUGUGUGUGGCCAGAGCUCUGCUCAGACGGUGCAAGGUGCUAGUCCUCGAUGAGGCGACGGCAGCAAUGGACGCAGAGACAGAAUCUCUGAUUCAGGAGACCAUCAGGAGCUCGUUCCAGGACGUCACCACCCUGACCAUCGCUCACCGCCUCCACACCGUGCUCGCCUCAGACCGCAUCAUGGUGCUCAACCAGGGACAGGUGGCAGAGUUCGACGAGCCGUCCAAGCUGCUGGCCAAUGAGAACUCACGGCUACGAUACAUGCUUGCUGCCGUGGAGAACAAGAUCUCAGUCCGAGGAUGAAGAAGAGGAGGAGGAUGAAGAAAAGGAGGAGG